AUGGUAACCAUUUGUGCAGAUGAAAUUAGUAAAAUUAUCCGUGAACGUAUUGAGCAAUAUAAUACCGAAGUAAAAAUUGUAAAUACAGGUACCGUACUUCAAGUAGGCGAUGGCAUUGCUCGUAUUUAUUAUCUUGAUGAAGUAAUGGCGGGUGAAUUAGUAGAAUUUGAAGAAAGUACAGUAGGCAUUGCUUUGAAUUUGGAAUCAAAAAACGUUGGUGUUAUAUUAAUGGGUGAUGCUAAACCUAUUGACGGUCGAGGAGAAAUUUCAGCUUCAGAAUCUCGGUUAAUCGAAUCUCCCGCUCACGGUAUUAUUUCCAGACAGUCCGUCUAUGAGCCCCUUCAAACGGGACUUAUUGCUAUUGAUUCUAUGAUCCCUAUAGGGCGUGGCCAGCGAGAAUUGAUUAUUGGGGACAGACAAACUAGUAAAACAGCAGUAGCUACAGAUACGAUUCUCAAUCAACAGGGACAAAAUGUAGUAUGUGUUUAUGUAGCUAUUAGUCAAAAAGCAUCUUCUGUGGCUCAAGUCAUAACUUCUUUACAAGAAAGAGGAGCAAUGGAAUACACUAUUAUAGUUGCUGAAACAACAAAUUCCCCAACUACAUUACAAUACCUCGCGCCUUAUACAGGAGCAGCUCUGGCUGAAUAUUUUAUGUACCAUGAACGCCAGACUUUAAUCAUUUAUGAUGAUCCCUCAAAACAAGCACAGGCUUAUCGCCAAAUGUCUCUUCUAUUACAAAGACCACCAGGUCGCGAAGCUUAUCCAGGAGAUGUUUUUUAUUUACAUUCGCGUCUUUUGGAAAGAGCCGCUAAAUUAAGUUCUCAAUUAGGUGAAGGAAGUAUGACUGCUUUACCAAUAGUUGAGACCCAAUCAGGAGAUGUUUUAGCUUAUAUUCCUACUAAUGUAAUUUCUAUUACAGACGGUGUGAUCGGUGGAAAUAGAAUUGACUGUUUUUUAAGCUGGUUUCGCGAAAUGUCGCGGUAA